UCUCUUGUACAUCUCUCCCUUUAGCUCCCAUGGAACAAGAACAAGUACAUGAUUCCACCAAACAAUGGAAUCCUAAAGUUCAAAAACAAAGAAAAUUUGUUGGUGUAAGACAAAGGCCUUCUGGAAAAUGGGUUGCAGAGAUCAAGAAUACAACGCAGAAGAUCAGGAUGUGGCUCGGGACAUUUGAUUCAGCUGAGGAAGCUGCGCGCGCUUAUGAUGAAGCUGCUUGUCUUCUCCGAGGAUCAAAUGCUCGAACGAAUUUCCUUAACCAUGCUCCUGUUAGUCCUGCUCUUUCUAUGAAAAUCAGAAACCUCCUCAACCAGAAGAAAAGCCUCAACAAGAUGAUCAAUCCCAAAACUACUCACAAAAAUCCCACCACUAGAACAACUACUACUACAACUACUAGUACUGUUUCUACUUCAGCAAGUCGUCAUCAAGAAAGUAAGAUAUUUGAUGAUGAUGCAUACAAGCCUGAUAUGAGCUGCUUUAUGACUGGAAUAGAUCAAAUGGGGUCUUCAAAUUUUGAUCAUUCAACAACAUUUUCAACUGAUUUUGAUAGCAUUCUUUUGGGUGAUGAACAAGUUGGCAACUUUGAUCAUGAGGUACCAAAAGGAAAUAAUCUUGAAGAUCAGAUGCCAGAAUUUGAACAGAUGAAGGUUGAGAGGCAAAUAUCAGCAUCACUAUAUGCUGUGAAUGGAGUGAAUGAAUAUUGGGAGAAUUUUCAAGAUUGUAAUGAUGCUACUUUUUGGGAUCUCCCUAUGCUCUACCAAAUGUUUUGUCCAAGUUAGGAAAUAGAAAUACUAAAAUCUUUCAUAAGCUGUACUGCUUAAAUAUGCAUGUCAAGGGUUAAAAAAAUCUAUAUCCUUGAUGGCAUUAAUUUCUCAUAUUACUUGAGCAUCCUCAUGUUCGCCACCUUCAUUUGCUAGAAAAUCAGUUUAUUGAUCGUCUUAUUGGCUUCAAGCAAGUAUUUGCAAUCUUCAAUAAUAACUUUUACGAGGGGGUGAUAUUGUAUGCUAUCA